CGGGCCGAUUCCAGUCGACGCUGCUGCUUUCUUCUGCCACUGCGCGUGCGGAGGGCGAGCGAAAAAGCGCGCGAAGAAGCCCUCGCGAGUGGCAAGAGCUUCACGAUGCCGGAGUUGCCGGAGGUGGAGGCGGCGAGGAGGGCCGUUGAGGACCACUGCGUCGGCCGGAAGAUCAAGAGGGCCGUCGUCGCCGACGACCCGAAAGUCAUCGACGGCGUGUCUCCGGCCGACUUCCAGUCCGCGCUCGUGGGCAAGACCGUCGUCGCGGCUAGGAGGAAGGGCAAGAGCAUGUGGCUCCAGCUCGAUUCGCCUCCGUUCCCUUCCUUCCAGUUUGGGAUGGCAGGUGCUGUCUAUAUUAAGGGGGUUGCGGUCACAAAGUAUAAAAGGUCUGCUGUAAAGGACACUGAUGAAUGGCCUUCCAAGUAUUCCAAAGUCUUCAUAGAACUAGAAAAUGGAUUGGAGCUAUCCUUUACUGACAAGAGGCGUUUUGCUAGAGUGCGCUUGCUGAAUGAUCCGACUUCUGUGCCACCAAUAUCUGAGCUUGGCCCAGAUGCACUUCUUGAGCCUAUGACAAUUGAUGAAUUUGCUGAAUCCUUGAGGAAGAAGAAAAUUGCAAUCAAAACUCUAUUGCUCGAUCAGAGCUUUAUUGCUGGUAUUGGCAAUUGGGUUGCUGAUGAAGUGCUAUACCAGGCAAAAAUUCAUCCUCUGGAACCUGCCUCCAGUCUUUCAAAAGAAAGCUGUGCGACAUUACACAAGUGCAUUAAAGAGGUCAUUGAGAAAGCAAUUGAAGUUGGGGCAGAUAGUAGUCAAUACCCUAGUAAUUGGAUAUUCCAUUCCAGGGAAAAGAAGCCGGGCAAGGCUUUUGUUGAUGGCAAAAGAAUUGAUUUUAUCACUGCCGGUGGCCGGACGACUGCAUAUGUACCUGAUCUGCAAAAGCUAAAUGGAGCUAAUGUGUUAAAUGCUGCCAAGAAAAAGGAAAGCACCUCAAAGAGAAAGAAGCAUGGCAAGGAGGAGGAGGAGGAUGAGGACGACGAUGGUGGUGUAGCAAUUGAGGAAGAUAAAGAAACUGCCAAGUUGAAGAAGGCCAACAAACCUAGAGGUCAAGGUGGAAAAUCAUCCACAAGAAGGAAACCCAAGGAAAGCGAUGAUGAAAGUGAUGAAGUCGACAUAGGCGAGGAAGAUGAGAGUGCAUAUGGUAAUGGCAAGAAUGAGCAGAAAAAGAGAACAAGAGGGGCAGUCAAGAAUGAAAAAGGUCCAGAAAAGGCCGCGAACAAGAAGGCUCAACCGGCUAGGAACAGCCAAAAGCCAAAGAAGCGAGCUAAGUAAAUAUCGUUUAGAUAUUAAUGAACCGGGUCUCUUGCACAUGCCCGCUUUUGGUAGGAUCAGAGGGCAGGACCGUGCAUAUUAUUGUAAGUAAUGUUAAUGUGCAGUCGUUCGCUUUCGUUGGUGAAAUUGGGAAGGUUUUCCUUGCGGCUAUGAUGUCUGUUGUGAACUUGAUUGCCACUUUCUGCAGUACAAUCUGAACGAUGUAAUUCCAUAUUUAGGUUGUUGGAUUGGGUUUUACUAUUCGAGUCUAUCAGAUGACCUCUAUAUGCAUACUCUCUGAUUAA